UCGUCUUGAAGCGAUAGCGCCUCGGCACCACAAUGGACUCCUCGGACGACGACAAUUCGGAGCACUCGCAGGGAGAUAGGUUGAGCAAAACACGCUGGAGCAAGCACGAGGAUGCCGCACUGAAAACGCUCGUGGAACAGUACGGUGAACGGUGGGAAAUCGUUUCGAGAUUGCUGAAGGACCGGACCGAUGUGCAAUGCCAGCAACGUUGGACCAAGGUGGUCAACCCGGAUUUAAUCAAGGGCCCUUGGACGAAAGAGGAGGACGACAAGGUGGUGUCUCUGGUGCAAAAAUAUGGACCAAAAAAGUGGACGGUCAUCGCACGGCACCUGCGCGGACGCAUCGGGAAACAGUGUCGCGAACGGUGGCAUAACCACCUGAAUCCGGACAUUAUCAAGUCGGCCUGGACGGACGAAGAGGACUUGAUGAUCUACACGGCGCACCAGAAGUGGGGCAACCAGUGGGCCAAGAUAGCGAAACUGCUGCCCGGCCGGACGGACAAUGCCAUCAAAAACCACUGGAACUCGACGAUGCGCCGCAAAUAUGAAGGCCCCGAAGCAACACGACGCCGGGGAAAACUGUCCAACUUGUCCUAUUCGGCACCCCUGUCCGGGGGCAGCACUUGUGGCGACGCGUCGGAUGGAAACGCCAGCAGUGGCCCGCAACCGCACCCAAAGCGCGAAAGUCUGCAGAACAUUAUCCGCAAUAAUCGCAAAAAAACGACACUGGAUGAUACCAUGCUCCACGACAACCUGCCGGCGGAAGAGAGCAUCAUUGAUGGGACCGUCGCGGUGUCGACGGAACGGGGCGACUUUCUCGUCAGCCCCGUCGCCGACCGUAGGAAGCAUUACGUCAUCGAACCGCUGUACUCGGCGAAGUUGGAUUUGAAGCUCCUGUACAAUCAGGCGGGAAAAAUGCCGCUGAACAACAACAACCCCAUCAGCGAAGGAAAUGCUCCGACGGCACCGGGCAGCGGGUACCACGUGAUGGGUGCCACCUUGCUCGUACAGAAACACCAUGGCGGGAUUCAGCAGUUGGCCCAGUGUGUUCCCGCCCAUAUCGAUCUGCACGAACUGAUCAACUCACCCAAAAAGGGUGCCGAGGAUGUUGAGCCGGUGGACAGCAAGGUAACGCCCAACAUACUGCGGCGCAAGAGGAAACAUGUUGGGGAUGAAAUGAACGAACUGCAAAUGCUGCGAGCACAGGCCCAAUACCAGGUCGAUAGUGCUGGUAAUCCGAUCGUCGACGAUCAAAUCGCACGUGGCGCAGGGGCCGGCGGUGGCUAUGGCUAUACGGCGCCCGGCUUUGGUUCCCACAUUCUCUCGCCGUCCAUCACACCCAUUAAGCCGCUUCCGUUCUCGCCGAGUCAGUUCCUGAACUCACCCAGCUUGAAUGUGUCCUUCGAUCAGAUUCCGGCUAGUACACCCGUCAAACGGGCCGCACUUAAAAACGACACUAGUCUGUUGAGUACCCCGGUUCCAGCGAAGGAUACUGGUCCUUCCAUCAUCAAAAAAGAACCUCCGUCGGCGACGAAGCAGCAGGAGAGCGCGGACAAAGACGAGGACAAAGCAAAAACCCCGUUGAAAGAGGCAAAGCGAGCGUUUGAACCACGUACGCCAACACCGUUUAAAAAUGCGAUGGCUGAAGUGGGCAAACGACGAUCGGAAGUCUAUGUACCACCAAGCCCUGCCGGAAUCGGAGAGGACAUCGCGGAAAUCAUGCACCAGGAGCGGGAGAAGGAAAGCUUGUCCGAAUCGUCGCUGGUGAGUGACUCAUCGUCCGCCGCCAACAAAACGACGGCCAGUAAUGGCACACAGGACUCACAGGGCAAGGUGCAGUCGAAGGAAAACAAAAUUCCGCCCUCUUCGCCACGGAUGUACAAAAAGGGUUCCAGCUCGGUCUUCUCGCAGCAGUGGGAUAACUCGGACAUGAGUUUCUUUGCGGAAACACCUAGCAAGUCGGUCAUCUCGGAAACGGGUGUACCCUAUUCUCCGUCGAUCCGCGAUCGGCUGGGCGAUUCGGAAAUACUGCUUGACGAUUACACUGGGUUGCACGAAACCGCUGGGAACUCUGCGGACAACAGGUUGCAAAACAAACCCACAACACCAACGUCCGUCGACCACAAAUGGUUGAAGUACGCGUGUGGCAAAACACGCGACCAGCAAACCAUUGCCCAGCAGGCACACAAUUGUCUCAAGAAAACGUCCCUUCAGCCACGCUCUUUGAACUUUUACAAAUAAGCUCACGUGAGCGUGGAUUGAUGUGUUCGUACCAAUCCCCAUAAGGCCAUCGUCGCAGAUGCAAUGAAUGAUUUGAUGACAACAUGAAAUCAUUAUAGUGUACCCAAGUGCAGCAGUCGGGCGGUUUCAGGAAGCAGUUAGAAAUUUAAUCACCCAUACAUGUAACAUGUAAGUUCGAAAGGCCCACAAAGGAACUGGAAUGUAAAGGAGUUUUCCGUCGCGCAUCAUACGCGGCCAUUGGCGGCACAAUUUCGUUCGAUGUAAUUUGGUAGCGGUAACUCGCAACUAUGAGUUUUCACUUCGUCCAACAUACGGGAGAUAAGAGAAACGCAUACAACUAACCAAAAACCUCAUGUGUGGACACGUACAUACUGUACUAAUAUUUGUGCCGGUAGACACUAAAUUAGCAUAUGGAGCAUACAUAGGUAUACAAGCUUGAUUUAUUUUGCCUAGAUAUUGCAAAGUUUUGUUGUAGUAAUUCUAUCCAUGAAAAGAGAGUAAUAAGGGCGCCCAUCCAUGCCGGAGAUGCUCGCCAGAUAGGGCAACAUAUACCAAGUCAUAAUAUUUUACACUUAAGAUGUAAGCUUUUCGACGAACUUUUUUUUUGUACUUUGAGAUAAGUCGAGUUUGAAAACUUUGUUACAGGACUUUUUUUUUCUAUCUUUGAUCAGUUAUAACAUUUUGAAAUUUUACCCGAUUUCUUUUCGAGCCUUUUGCCCCCUUUAUCGUUGUUUUGUGAAUCAUUGACAACCUGAGCAAAGCUGAGCAAAAUUUGUUGUAACGCCGACGGAACAAUGGGAGGAUUUCACAUAUUGAACGUAAGCUUAUUCUCAUCGAAUAUUGUGUUUGUGUAAGUGUACAUCAGUGUAAGGGAGUAAUAACAAAAGUUAUUGAACCAUCGUAAUUUUGCAAAUUAUUCAAAAAGAAAUAACGUAGCAUAGCGUAGGAAAUGUUUCGCUAAGCAACAGGCUUAGAGUUCACCACUUUGAG